AUGGCGAGUGAACGCUCCCCAAAUGUUUAUGGUAAGUAAAUUCCAGUUCAGCAUUCCAGAAUGUUUAGCCUACAUUUGGACAUGUUAUUACAUUUUCAUAAUUAAUUCCUUUACACAGCCUAUGUUUGAGAUACAUUGUGUUAGUUAGACUGUGUGCUAAGCUUGUGACUGAUUAUUUCCCUCUGAUGCAGGGGGUCCUCCUCCCCAGUCAGAUCUUAGACUCGUGCUGCUUGGGAGAGUGGGAGCUGGGAAGAGUACAGUUGCCAAAACCAUCCUGGGCAGAGAUAACUUCCGGAGUGAAGGAGGCAUGUGUGUCAAGAAGCAGGGUGAGGUGGCUGGAAGGACCGUCACUGUGGUAGACACACCUGGCUGGGACACUGUGAAGCGCACAUCCACACAUAUCAAAAAAGAAAUUAAGAAUAGUGUAACCCUAUGUCCUCCAGGACCCCAUGCUCUUCUUCUGGUGGUGCCAAUGGGCGAGCUGCUCUCCUCCACUGAUAGAAAGGCAAUUCAGUAUCACGUGGAGCUACUGUCAGUUAGGGCAUGGAAGUUUACCAUGGUCUUGUUUGUCAGUGAGGCUGAGGAGAAAUGCACAUCCAUUGAACAGAAUCAGCUGAUUGACAGAGCAAAAAGCCUUCUAGUGAAAUGUGGAGACAGACACCAUCUCCUUGAGUGUGGGAAUUCUCCUUCCCAGAUUCCUGAGCUCCUGAAAAAGAUAGAUGCUAUGGUAGCAGAAAACUGUGAAGAAUUCUUCAUCCCCCAAGUAUACUAUGAACUGAUGGAGACUACAAUGCCAAGAGAAGUGACCGAGCUGAGAAGGAUGUAUGAAGACAGAGAGGACAGACUGAAACAGAAAUUCAAAAGAGAGUUAAAGGAAAAAGAAGAAGAGCUGAAGAAGUAUAAAGAAGAGAAGCCUAAAGAAGGGUUGAUGAAGAGGACGAGUAGCAGUCAACUACUUCCCCCCAGUAGUAAGUAUGAUAAUGCCACUAUUAGAAAUCUAAAAUGCAAAUACAUAGACCUGUAUAUGUACAGAUGUAGGAACUUAAUUUGAUCACUCUUUUGUUGCUGAGAAUAUACCUGCAAAGCAGGAAAUGUUCACUUGUAGUGUAUUUGAGUUUUAAAAAGGCUUCUUUGUAAUUUCCACUUUGAAAUGUUAGACUUGAUUUGCCCUAACGAAAAAUGUAUCAACCCCUACACAACUGUCCAUUAAUUAUAAUCCACAUAAUAAUUCACAUUUCCUGUUGCUGCAGAAUUAUUUUCCUGCUGUAGCAAACUGGCUCAAAUUAAGAUCCUACAUCUGUAACGGUGGUCUGAUUCAUGAACUGUGUGUGUGUGUGUAUGUUUGUUUGUUCUUUGAAGUGAGCACAGAGAAGCAGGACAGGUCGGUGAUGGCUGACAAUCGGAACGUGGACCUACAGGCUGUCAAGCAAGGAUACAGAGAAGAGACCUUGUCUGUAGUGGGCCACUACGUCAAACCACUAAUAGUGAUUAUGACUGCUGUAGUGGGAGCACUCAUGGGAGCGGUUGCAGGUGCACAACAUGGAACACUUGGCGCAUGUAUUGGGAUUCCUAUAGGCAUUAUUAUGGCUGUUCUUGUGAGUUAUGCUGUCCGUGGAGCCGCUACAGCAGCAAGGGAUAUUCCCAUCACAGUCAAAUUUGAGGAAAAUGAAAGCCAUAGGAGAGAAGAGGGAGCAGACUUCUUCAUCGAUUCUCCAAAAUCAAAAGGAUUUGAUAAGGAUCAGUGA